AUUUGUCACACCUUUCCUGGCCCUCGUCUCUUCCGUCUCUUCGGUGCUCUUACCGACAAUCUCAACGAAAGACAUCGACGGUCGAACAUAGGCAGCAAUGCGGGACAAGGGCAUCUUCAAUAUCAAAAGAGCCUUGCCACGCAUGAGCUGGAACCCGGUCAACUUGUAUAAUCUGUGGGCACGGACAGUAGGCCCCUUGGCCCAAAAGAUCAGGGACAUGAAAACCAGUAAUUGCACCCUUUUCCAACAGCGUUGGCUCUCAAAAGCCCUUGUUCGCGCCUACCAUGGCGACUACAUUCCAGAAAAAAUAUUCAAGCGGUGGUACCUCCUAGAAACCCUGCCCAAUGUCCGACCUCGUUCAGUCAAUGCUGGUGACGAUACAGCCAUUUUGAAUGCCCAUGUUACCAGACGAGAGAGGGUGGAGAGGGUGGAGAAAUAUCAUGUAGCAGAGGCAGAGAAAGGACUAGCCCCCGUCGGAAGUCUUAUGUUCUCUCCCGUGGAGCGGAGAAUAGAUGUCUUCAUUUUCCGGUGCUGUUUCACACACAGUGUGUAUGAAGCCCGUCGUCUAGUCAUCCAUGGUCAAGUCAAACUCAACGGAAAGAAGCACUCGGACGCCAAUACGCGACUUGCACCUGGUGACAUGGUGUCUGUCGAUCCAGACGCUAUUCGAUUCUUCAAAACACCGUCAGAGCCUGUCACAGACGUGAACGACUAUGAAAAGUGCAAAGGCGAUGAUCCCAGCCUCACGUCAUUCUAUCUGCCUCAUUAUGCCUCUCCUUGGCUUUUUAUCCCCGCCUACAUCGAACCUAAUUUUGCCACCUGCUCCGCCGUGUACGUUCGCCAUCCUACGGCGCGACCGGGUUAUUCUGAAAUCCCAACGCCGUAUGAUGCCGACGGAGAUGUCAUUCGUUUUGCAUGGGAGUGGUAUGCGAAGAACAGGCCGCGCAUAAGAUCAAAGUCACAACUAGCUAGGAUGCCGGAGGAUAGAGCAUUUGAUCCUACACCGCUCAAUCUCGAGGCGGAGAGGAAGAGGCUUAGGAAGGCAGCGAAGCAAAGGGCGGCAGCAAUGUCUGGAGUGAUCUUAUAACGUAGUGCUCUAUUCCUUACACUUAUUAACAAAGAAACCUGCUCUGACUGGGUCGUGGCCUGCAAUAUUGUAUGUUCGCC